UAGACCACGGUUUAGGGUUUUAGAGUUUAGACAUUAAAUUACAACACAUUUAAUUGCAUUACAUUGUGAAUAAAUAACAUGGAAACCAAACAGCCACUUAAAGAGAACUCUACAAACCAACCUACUGUUAAGUUCGAAAAUUCAAAGAAAUGGAGUCUUGAUAACUUUGAAAUUGGCCGUCCUCUUGGUAAAGGGAAGUUUGGAAAUGUGUACUUGGCUAGAGAAAUCAAUACCAAAUACAUUGUAGCCCUGAAGAUUUUGUUUAAAUCUCAACUACAAAAAUGUCAGAUGGAACACCAGUUGAGACGUGAAAUUGAAAUCCAGUCACAUUUACAACAUCCCAAUGUUUUACGCAUGCACGGAUAUUUUUAUGAUGAAACUCGUAUUUACCUCAUCUUGGAAUACGCCGGAAAGGGAGAAAUGUACAAGUACCUGAAACGCCAACCCAAUGGCCGUUUUUCUGAACCACAGACGGCCAAUUACAUGGCUCAGCUAGCUGAUGCAUUGAUAUACUGUCAUAAAUGGAAAGUAAUCCACCGAGAUAUUAAGCCAGAAAAUCUUUUACUAGGAAUUCGUGGAGAAAUUAAAAUAGCAGAUUUUGGUUGGUCCGUCCAUGCUCCUUCGUCUAGGCGUACAACCAUGUGCGGGACAUUGGAUUAUUUAGCCCCCGAAAUGGUAGAAGGGCGCUCUCACGACGAACGUGUAGAUUUGUGGACUCUUGGUAUUCUUUGCUACGAAUUCUUAGUGGGAUCACCUCCUUUUGAAGAGAAAAAGCAAGAUCUCACUUACCACCGUAUUUGCAAAGUUGACUUAAAAUUUCCAGCACAUCUCUCUACUGGAGCGAAAGACUUGAUUGCUAAACUACUCAAACCACGAGCAGAAGAUCGUAUCCCUCUACGAAAAUUACUUGAACAUAGCUGGAUUCUACAGCACCUUUCCGACGAAGUUCGAUCCAGGUUACCGACUUUCCAGAUAAUGCAACCCAACAAAGCAUAAACUUUGAUAUUUAAUGGCAAUCUAACCAUAAAUUUGUAAAGUAAAAUUUCAAUUUGUAAAUUCCAUUCCCGAUUGCUUUUAUCUCUUCUCUCAAUUAUGUAAUACAAUAAAUACUUUUCAUAAAU